GUCCCUGUCGAAACUGCGCCUUUUCUCUAAUCAAGAACUUCCGGCGGGGCUGUCGCACACCCGGCUCAUUCACGCUCUCGCCUUUCAGACACCUUUUUCACCCUUCUCAUCCCUACUCCUUACACUACCCGCCAUACUAUCGACCUUCACCUCCAAGUGAUUUGGGUAUCGAGAUACGUUCUCUUGCUCAAUCCCGAGGCCUACGCCGGCGCUGGUGAGCGUAACCAGAUCACCAGGGCGAGGAACGGCCUACGACCUGAUUUGUCAUACGUGACUCUUUGUCCUUCGACCUUUCACACCUCAAUACCACCCAUCGCAGCACGCUGAAAUACCCUGGGACGACGAUAGAGAAAGAGUUGGAGGUGGAAAAGUGCACGAUUGCGGGUUAGGACAAUGUCGAGUUAUCGUGGCCGCACAGGGCCAAAUUUCUCCGAGUAUCUCAACAACUUGAAUACUCUGGCACCCUUCGACCAAGAGCAUUUCUCGCCCGAAGAAUUCGACUUGAAUCAGGAUUUGGCCAUGUUCACAAACACUGACUUCACCCAUUUCGACAUCCCUCCGCUUCCUGAAGACGGCUCUUUCAAUUUCGACAUGACCGAGACCAAGAACAACAACGGACCUGUAAAAUACGAAGAUCUGUUGUCUGGGUCCGACACCGGUCACAACUACGCACCUCCUCAGAUUGAAACAUCAGCUCCCGAGUCAUCGAAUUUUUAUACCACCUACAAUACCCCAAUCCAACCUGCCCCCGCCCAAGGUUUUGGUGCUGUCGAUAGUCGUGGAUCUCCAAGUAAUGGGUCGCCAAUAGCAAGUCAAGUUCCUCGUAAGAAGGAGUCGACUGACCUCAGCGCCAUAACAUCGGAGGAGAAGUCUCGCAUAGCCGCCGAGGAAGACAAGAGGCGGAGAAACACUGCUGCGAGUGCUCGAUUCCGCAUCAAGAAGAAGCAACGAGAACAAGCUUUGGAGAAGACAGUCAAGGAAGUGCAGGACAAGAAUACCCAACUGGAGGUGAAAUUGCGCCAGAUGGAAGUGGAGAACAAGUGGCUGAGAGAUUUGAUCAUGGAAAAGAACGGUCUUCAGUCGAAGGAGGAGAUGGCGGCCGCAUACCAGCAGUAUCGAAAAGACAGCGAAGAAAGAGAUGUGAAAGAGAGUGAGCACACUACUGGAGUCGGCACCCAAUGAAUAUCACCCAAAUGAAAAGUAAAAUUGAUGUUUCUUUGAGGAUGUAUUCAGUAAUGAUGUUGGCUCUUUAUAUAUACACAUAGUGAUACCAGAUACACCAGACCAACAAUGACAUUUUUGUCUGCUAUACAAUA